CGAGCGCUCUCGCAUUGCUAGAUUGACGAUUACGGCCUCGCUGACGCGGCGCCGCGGUGCACGCCGGAACCCGAGGACGUGGUCGCGCGUCAUGGCGGAGGGGGGCAGCAGACAGGCGCGUCUCGCCGCGGCCAAGAAGAAGCUGAAGGAGUACCAACAGAAGGCAGUCCCCGGCGGCGGAGAUGGCGGCAGCGCCAAGAAGAAGCGGCGAGGACGAGACGGCGAGGAGGGCGGCAAUGACCCCCGGGAUGAGCGGGACAGCCGAGAGCAGUCGGAGGACGAGCGACUCUCUGCGAGCGCCGGAGAGGCCGACGAGGAGACGGCGGCGGGGGCGGUGGGGGGGUCGCCCCCCCCCACGCUCACGGAGGUGGCGGAGGUGAUGGAUGGGGGGGAGGAGGAGCAGCAGGAGGGAAUGCGGGACGUCUCGUCCACGGAACGUUUGCGCCAGAUCUCUGUGCAGAUCAACGGCCUCAUGUCCCAGUCAAACUACCGCAACGGGGAGAGCGGCAGCCACUCGGCAGACACCAGAGAACUGGAGACGAGGAACCAGGAGCUGACUCAGGCUCUGGACGCUGCGUCGCUCGAUCACAAGAGACUCCUCGCAGACCUGCACGACGCCAAGCAGCAGAACGAUGCCCUGGAGACAGAGCUCCUGAAGGUCCGCGCUGAUCAGGAGAAGCGGCUUCACAGUGAAGGGUCAGCUUUGGAACAACUGCAGGUGCACGUUCAGACGAUCGGGAUCCUGGUGUCGGAGAAGUCGGAGCUGCAGAACACACUGAGCCUCGCGGAUAAAUCCCUGCAGCAGAGAGCCGGCGAGGUGGAGGAUCUGAGCGCGCGCCUCAAUGCCGGGCGCCAGCGCGUGUCGGAGCUGGAGCGCGCCCUCUCCACCGUCUCCUCCCAGCACAAGCAGGCCGAGAAGCUCGCCAAGGAGCUGCAGACGGAGAGAGCGGCCGUGGCGGAGGAGCGAGAGCAGCUGACGCGCGUGCGGGACGAGCUGACUCAGCAGACGUCGGAGCAGGCGGAGCAGCUGGCGUCGCGCGCCGCCGAGGUGCUGGGGCUGCGCGAGUUCACGGAGGAGCUCAAGGGCAAGCUGCACAUGGCCGACAUCAUGGUGCAGCAGCUGUCGAGUCAGGCGGGGAUGCCACAUCUCAACCAGCAGCUGCAGCAGCUCUCGGAGGAAAGAGAACAGCUCCAGCAGCAGCUGCACGCGAUGUCGGAGUCGGUGCAGCAGCUGAUGCUGGAGCGGCAGCAGCACCUGCAGCAGAUGGAGGAGCAGGGGCGCCUCUGGCAGGAGACGGCUCGCCACUCGGCACAGCAGGUGGAGCUGCUGUCUCGUGAGAAGGAUGAGCAGGUGGUGCGCAUCACAGAGAUGGAGCGGUCGCUGCACGAGCUGGAGCAGCAGAAGGUGGUUCUGUGCGAGCAGGCGGCGCAAAAGUCGAGCGCCGCCGUCGCCACGUCGGAGCAGGAGGGGCCCUCGGAGCGCGAGCACGGCCUGGCGGUGGAGCUGGAGAGGGCGCGCAGGGAGAAGGACGAGCUUGUAGCCCAGUACCACGCACAGGUGCGCGACAACGAGCAUCUGAGCGAGCUCAACCGCGAGGCGGAGUCACGGCUGCUGGCGCUCGAGUCGCGGCUGGGGGACCUGGGCUGCGAGGCGAGUGACCGGCAGCGGCUGCUGGAGACGGCGCAGGCCGACAAGGCCACCAUCUCCCGCGCGCUCGCGCAGAACCGCCAGCUCAAGGAGCAGCUCGCUGAGAUGCAGAACGGCUUCGUCAAGCUGAGCAACGAGAACAUGGAGCUGGGCAGCGCGCUGCAGUCGGAGCAGCACGUGAAGAAGGAGCUCGCUCGCCACAUGGGCUCCCUGCAGGAGAACUCGCACGAAGUCAAGGAGCAGCUGCAAGCCAAGUGCGCGGAGGCGGAGGCUCUGGUGGCGGAACGGAGCGCGGUGCUGCAGCAGCUGCAGCAGUACGGGGCGGCCGUGGUGCAGCUGCAGGCGGAGCGCGACGAGCUGCACCGGCAGUGCCUGGCCCAGAGCACGCUGCUCGACCGCGUGCAGCACCAGGAGGCCGAGGCUCGUUCCGCUCUGCACAUCGCGCACGACAAGCUGCGCGCUCUGGCCCAGGGGUCGCAGGUCACCGUCGACGGGUCGCAGGUCACCGCCGCGGAGGGGGUGCUGCAGGGCGGGGAGAGGAGGGUGGGAGUGGGGGGCCCCGAGGAGGGCUGGGCCGUGGGGGGGGGCCUGCAGGGGGUGCUGGAGGACAUGGCGUCGCUGCUGGAGGCGCCGACGGACGCGCCCGCUCCGUCUCCCACAGACUCGCCCGCAGACGAGGCUGGGGCCGAGGAGCCAGAGGAGACGGUCUCGCACCUGCGGGCUCUGGUUGAGCAGCGCGAGAGCGAGCGAGCGCAACUCAUCUCGCGACUCGGGGACGUCUACGCCGCCCUGCGUCGUCUCGGCAACCUCGCCGCCCCCCCCUCGGCCGCCCCCCACCACGGGGAGGGGGCCGUGUCCCCCCAGGAGCACGAGUCUCUGCGUGCAGCCAUGGAGCAGCUACAGGUUCGCUUCCAGGCCGUGAUGCGGGAGAAGGCCGACCUCCGCGAUCAGCUGGAGCAGCUGGAGCACCGCUGCGAGCAGCUGUCGGGAGAGACCGACACCAUCGGCGAGUACAUCGCGCUGUACCAGAGCCAGCGCGACGUCAUGCGCCAGCGCCACCGCGACAAGGACGAGUUCAUCAACCGCCUGGCGCUCGACCGUGACAACAUGAAGGUGAAGCUGGGGGAGCUGCAGGAGCUGGUGAUGAGACUCCUGGCCGAGAGGAACGCGUGGGGGCUGGAGGGGCCAGCGCCACGGGGGGUAGCGGCGGUGACGGCAGCAGCAGCGGGAGGACCCAACGAGGAGAAGCAGGAGGAGGGAAUGGGCCCUCACCUGCCCAACGGCACCCAGGACGGAGAUGAAGGAGGUGAAGGAGGUGAAGGAGGUGAAAGCGAGGGGGCGAGUGCGAGGGAGAGAGCGGCAGAGACUGGCACGGAGAGAGCACACACAGACGACGACCCUCGGCCCCCCACGACCGCCGAGCCCCCCGGCACGGCCGGGCAGAUCAUGCAACUGCUGCAGGAGCUGCAGGAGUCGCGCGGGCCCUCCUCCUCCUCCUACCUCGACGAGUCCACGUGCAUCCCCUUCUUCUACCGCGUGGACACCGACAACGAGGUCAAGGUCAUGCUCAUAUGAGGUCGCGCGUGCGAGGUCGCGACCUUGCCCACCAACGUGCCCGCGGCUGCCUAGUCCACGGCACGGGCGGGCAGCUGGACGGGCGGGAAAGCAGCCCCGGCAGCGGCAUGGAGGGCACGGCGAGCCGGAGGGGGUCGCCAGGUCGCCCGGCAUGCGGCUUCACGGACGUUCACACCUACGCGGAUCGUUUAGAUGUGAACCCGGCUCUUGAGGUCACGGCUCGUGGGCGAGAUCGCGUCAAGAGGUCAAGGUCACGCGUGCGCGAUGAUCGCGUGACGUCCGGAGGGCGGAACGG